AUUCUCGGAAUUGGGUGCGCCAAGUGCUCAGACAUUGUCUCUCACAUUUCAAGGAGAUAAAAAUGAUAAAAAACGAGUCAUUUGGGGUGAUAACGAGAGUAAAGAGCGGAAAGAAAUACAACUACGAAUUGGGUGAUAUUGACAUUUAAUUGGAUAGAUAGAUUGGAUGUGGACGUGGGUUUUGGUGAUUGUGGGGGCAGUUGGUCUUGAACUUUCCCUCGAAGGGACUGAUCCUUUAGUGAAAUUAAUAAUUAUUAAUGGGUAUUUGGGUGGUAUGGGAGGGGUUUAGGUUAUGAAGGGAAUGACGGAACGGGUCCAUUGCGAACCGGAUGGACGGGAAUGUCAUCAACCGUCAUUUGAGUUUCCUGUGGCCAGUGCGCCAGACGUAUUGCCUUCGUGGGUGGUGGAUUUUUUAAUGCCCCCCUCCUGACAUACACAGAGUUCAAAGAUAAAUGUCGGCAGGCCUUUCGUACUUUUUUUUUUCUCAUUUUUCGAUAAAUUUUGUUUUUAUGGUGAUGUACAAUCGGUGUGAGAACGAGAUAAUGAUGAUGAUGAUGAGAAUUGUCAAGUGCCAAUGGUGAAUGAUAAAACAUGCGCGAAGAGGUGGUUCAUUGAACCAUUUUAUUUAAUCGGUCAUUUAUAAAAAAUUGUGUCAAAGUGGCUGGGGGUUAAUACCGAUGAACAUAACCUGCUCUUCAGGUUAAUACGAAAUAAUGAAGAGUGCCAGGGAGCACAGGGGCUGUGUUAUCCUCAAACCUGAGGAGAACGAGGAGGUUUUCAGGUUAAUUGGAAAUCGUUGCCAGUGCCUAGCGGCAGGAGUUAUACAGUUGUACUUGACUGAGCCUCCUGCCCACCGAGAAUGGAUAAAGAAGAAUACCGGUGUGAUAACGCUGAUAAGGGACAACCCAAAGCGCAGUUACUUCCUGAGAUUAUAUUGUUUACAGAGGAAAGCCAUGUUGUGGGAGCAAGAACUCUACAAUUCGAUGUCAUACAAUACCCCAUUGAUGUAUUUUCAUACAUUCGAGGGGGAAGAUUGUAUGGCAGCCUUUAAUUUUGCUAAUGAAACUGAAGCAAUGAUAAUGAGGAAUGUCCUCCUGGAGAGAUUGAACGCGAAUAAACAGAGGCGACAGGAGAGAAAAGCGAGAUUGGAUGGAGAGGUGCAACAGAGAGUGGUGACACUCCCAAGGAGAAGUCCUAAUAGUACUCCUGAUUUCACUGGUUUCUCGAAUACAAGUGCCAAUACAUUGAAUGGCUCUCCAUCGUCGUUAGGAAUUAAUGGGAGUCUCGGUAGUUCGAUGUACAAGAAAAAGAACAGACGGGAAAAGGAUCCCAAGAGGAAACUCACAACUGCUGAUAUCGGUUUACCCUCGGACUUCAGGCAUUUAGCACAUAUGGGGUGGGACGCCCACAAAGGGGUGGACUGGAAUCCCAAUGAUCCAAAAUUGAAGCAGUUCUUUGAUGUUGCUGGAAUCACGAGGGAACAGUUGACAAGCAAAAAGACUCGUGACUUCAUCUAUAGUUAUCUUGAUGAGCACGGGGGAAUGAAGGCUGUCGAGAAUGAUCUUGAUGUAUUGACGCGUCAAGUUGGACCCAUGAGUACGCAGUCAUUGCCAGCAUUGCCACCUGCACCGAGCUGUGAUCCACCUCCACCCAUUCCUGCCAGGACAGUACCGGUUACGACGAGUCCUGGCUUGAACAAUAAUCAAACAAGAAGUACACGACCAUUGCCACCAGUGCGAACGAACGUGCCUCCACCCCCUCCGAGUGCUCCACCUGCCCACAGGAGUCUACCAUCCAGACCACCACCCCCCUCAGGCUCCCCUGGUUUACCACCACCUCCACCGGUCCCACCGCCACCACCCAGAAGUACCUCCAACACAUCCAACGUCUCCAGCGUCUCGAAUUUCUCAAGUAUUUCAAAUUCCUCCAGUACUUCAGCUCCAGCACCACCUCCACCCCCUCCACCACCGCCAUUACCUGAGUUCAGCGGUGGUGAUAGUCCGAUUAAUAACGCAAAUUCACCAGCUAGAAAUGGAAAUAGUGGAAAUAAUAACGGAGAUGCUGAAGAUCUCAGGCCAAAGCUCAUGGACGCCAUCAGGAGUGGAACAACGCUCAAGAAAGUGGAUCAAACAGAGAAAAAGCCACCGCCGAUAACAGACACUCGUAAUGACUUACUAAAUCAAAUUCGCGAGGGAAUAGCACUGAAGCCAGUGACAAAUGAUCCAAAACCAGCGGCUCCGUCAGUCCCCCAGGGUGGCCUAGCUGGAGCCUUAUCCCGGGCCCUCGCCGAGCGGUCAAGAUUGCUGGGUUACACAGGCGAUAGCGAGGAAGAGAGCAGUGACACCGACGAGGACGAGUGGGACGAAUAGAAUAAAACUAAAACACAACAAAAAACCGAAGCUGCAUAAAUUAUCACUUCUGUACAUAAGAGGAGGAAAAAAAAAGUGUUUUCAUGGUCUCGUGGGUGGAGAAGCCUUUCCAAACGCCUAUCGGACAUUUUUUCGGGGACACGUCACUGGUAAGCUCAUUAAAUCACCGCACGAAACGCAGAACUUAAUAGUAUUCUAGACAGAAUUGCACUAGAUUUCGAAAUUAACGAGAGAAAAUUUAAAAAAUUGUAAAUUUUUCUUUUCAUAUCAUGUAUUUAACUCACGUCUACGUGAUGUGCUCACAAAUAUACAUAUGUAUAUAUUAAAUGAAGAAAGAGUAACGAAAAGAAAGUCACACCUACAUGUGACAGUUUAUGACACGUUGCGACAUAAUCCUGUUACCUUUUUCUAUUUUUUUUUUCUGGAAGAGGAGAUUAGUCCAUUGAAGGAACGUCGCAUGAGAAUUGAAAUUCAAUGGGUACCGAGUAAAAGAGUGAUUAAAAGGUGAAUGAUUUAGUGGAGUAUAUAAAUAUAUAUAUGAAAAUUCACCACUAAGGAGAAAUCCUAGUCAAACAGAAAGAAUUAUCAAUCCUGAUAAGCCAACGUAAUUUCAUUGCUUUAUUAUUUUGUCUCGAGGAUAUCCCAGUACUUUUCAUAAUUAAAAUCCUUCCCUGCAUUUGUACUUGAACGUCAGAGUCUUUCUUACAAAAUUGUUCAUUAUUGGGUUUCACGCCUUGAAGGAUUUUUGAAUUGAUACUUCAAUCUUUGACGUCCCAAAUUAAUUUUUUGAUAAGUAUUCUAAUCGGGAAAGGCUCGGACUAUUCUAAUUAUUUAUUUAUAGAACAUUUUUUCGAUUGUACUGGAUAUUUAUGAUUAAUGAAAAAUUACUUGGAUAUCCUUAAUUCAAUACAAUGUAUUACACCGAAGGUCUAAGUAAUUAUUACUCGGAGUUUAGUUUUUAACGAAGUACUACUUACAAGGUUUGAUUAAUAAGUUAAAUCCAAGGGUAUGACGAAUAUCCUUCGAGCAUGCACAACAGUUGAAUGUGACAAUGUAUUGUAUUUAUAAUUUCUGAGUCGAUUAUAAUUAAUAAUUACACUAAGUCAGAAUUAACUGGUACAGGAAAUUGAACGAAAUGGCUGAAAACGUUUGGAAAUUAGAUUAUUCGAUUUAGUUGAUUUAUUCAGAAAAAAGUGAAGAUUAUCUCGAACCUGAAUAGAACAAUGUAUUAUAAAUACAAAGUUUCUUCCAUUAGCAUAUUUUUACAUUCACCGAGAGUAACAAGUGCGAUAAGUCUUGAGUCGGAUUAUUCUGAGAGACGAUAAGAAUUUCAUUGGAACAAUUACGGGGUCUAGGGACGUUCCUAUUAUUUAUUUGAAACAAUUAACUUUCAUGUUGAGCCAAGAUUAAUUAUUAUAUGAGUAUAAAUAUAUCCAUAGCUGGAGGGAGAAUCAAUAGAAAUGUUUUCUCGUGAAUAAAGAAAAAUAUGUAGGAGCCUGUACAUAAUUCUUCAUUGAAGAGCAUAUUUUUGCAAUUAAUCGUCAGUGAUAUAGCGUAAAUAUACUUUCCUUUAUGUUUUUCUUUCGUUUCAGCUGUGUAGUGGUUGAAGAGGAUAAAUAAUUGAAUGAAAAUGAAAAAAUGUCAGUGAUUUUCAAUUACACCUGUGUAAAAAUUAUUUAUCUUCAAUCUCUUACCACAAACACGUGAUUUCUACCCAUUAUUUUAUACACACCUGAAUCUGUAAGUGAAUAGGGGCCUCGGACUAAUAGAAAAACUGAAUAUUUAAAUUAUUGAAUGAAUUAAACGAGAAUUAACGGAAUAAAGGGCUGUUGAUUGAUUUAAUAAUUCACAUCGAGCCAAUGGACUAGAGGUUUUAUUGAAUGUACAAUUCAAAUUCGGUACUACAGUGCAGCAUAAAUUCUGAUUAUCAAUUAGCUACGAAUACUGAGAAAAAAGAAACAAAUGGUUGAUAACAAAAUCAAAAUAUUCUUUGGUAUCACAUUAUUAUAUACAGGUAAUCGAUAUUAAUGUUUAAAAGUUGAAAAUGAAAAUGUACAUUAAAAUUUAGAAUACGCAUCCGCUGAUCCAGCGAGCUAUCGUAUAAACUAUCGAUAUCUAUUCCAAUUACCUCACCAACUUCAUUAU